CCCCAGCCCUGCACCCCCGCCUUCCGCCAGCUCGGGGACGCGGCUCCAGCGGCCCCGGGGACCCCUUGCUGCCUGCCGGCGCUGCCGCGCUCGCCCCAUUCAUGUUAAGGUGUGGGGGGGUCCCUUAGCAAGCGGGCACCCACGGUCGUGGUCUUCGCAACCAAAGUUAUUUUUAAUUGCUGUUUUUUUUUAAUACUGAUGCCCGACUCGUCCUUGCGGCAUCUCCAUCGCUGGGUCUGUGGCUGUGAACCUGCUGUAGCGCUGAGCAGGGCCUGCCCGGCCGCGGGGGACGGGACUGCCGCGCGGUGCCGAGCUGCCGGCCCUGUCCGACUGCCCGGUGGCAGGCUGUGCUCUUCCAUCGCCAUUAAACCGUACAGACUUGUCUCUUACUGCUGUGUCCGCGCGCCCCUUGCCUUUGCCCGCCCAUCCCAUGGCUGUUCCUUGUCCCUGGGCCAGGUCCCGCUGCGGAGACGGGAGGCUGGAAAACAGCCACCUGGUCCCGCUGCCUUAUCGGUGGUGCUGGGCAGCCAGUAGCGGAGGGCCACGAGCUCCUGGGGACCGGCACCACCCGCCCCAGGGCCCUUAUCUGGCCCCUCUCCCCAGUGCGCCGGCUUUGGCAGUGGCGGCUGGCAGUGGUGGCACCAUGCGGGGCUCCGGGGCCCGGCUGCUUUGGCUCUUGGUGCUCUCGCUGGCCUGGCUGGGCCCGGCCUGGGGGGACAGCGAGGGGCUCAAGGGCCAGGAGGAGGAUGGGGAGGUGGUGGCGGAGGAGGAGGAGGAUGAAGAUGAUGAUGUGGUCUCGGAUGAGCUUGAGGAGGAGGACAGCGUCCUGGUGCUUCACGAGCACAACUUCGACCGUGCCUUGAGCGAGUUCCGCCUGCUGCUGGUGGAGUUCUAUGCACCGUGGUGUGGGCACUGCCAGAGGCUGGCCCCCGAGUUUGCCCAGGCAGCCGCCAUGCUGAGGAACGGGUCGGAGGCGGUGCGUCUGGGCAAGGUGGACGCCACGGCGCAGGUGAACCUGAGCACCGAGUUUGGCAUCAACGCCUACCCCACGCUCAAGCUCUUCCGUGAUGGCAACCGCACUCAUCCCCUCGCUUACACCGGCCGCAUGGACGCCGAGGGCAUCGUGCGCUGGAUGCAGCGUCGGGCCGGCCCCAGCACCACGCUGCUGCAGGACGCCGACACCGCGGCCGCCUUCAUCAGCGCCCAGGACAUGGUGGUCGUGGGCUUCUUCAAGGACCUGCAGGGCGAGGCGGCCCAGGCGUUCUACGAGGCGGCUGGUGAGGUGGUGGAUGUGGCGUUUGGUGUGACCGAGGCGGAUGAGCUCUUUGAGGUAUAUGGGCUGUCAGUCGACACUGUCUGCCUCUUCAAGAAGUUCGACGAGGGACGGACAGACUUCCCUGUGGACCCAGCACAGGGACUGAACGCAGCCGAGCUCACUCGGCUGCUCCGCGUGCACAGCCUGGAGCUGGUGAUGGAGUUCUCCAACGAGACCUCCAGCCGCAUCUUCGGUGCCAAGAUCCCCCACCACAUGCUGCUCUUUCUCAACAAGUCCGUGGAGGAGCAGCUGGCGCUGCGCGAUGACUUCCGGAAGGCUGCCAGCAGUUUUCGGGGAGAGGUGCUCUUCGUAGUGGUGGAUGUGGAUGGGUACGGUGCCACUGUCCUGCCCUUCUUCGGCCUGACACCCGCUGAUGCCCCCACCUUGCGCUUCAUCAAGAUGGAGAACAACCGCAAGUACCAGAUGGCUGAGGAGGCCUUCUCGGCCACAGCCGUGCGUGACUUCGUCCAGGCGGUGCUGGAUGGCAAGAUUAAGCCACAUCUGCUGAGCGAGGAGCCCCCUGAGGACUGGGACACACGACCUGUUAAAGUCCUCGUGGGAAAGACCUUUGAGCAGGUGGCAUUUGAUGAGACCAAGAACGUCUUUGUAAAAUUCUAUGCGCCGUGGUGCUCCCACUGCAAGGAGAUGGCAGCUGCUUGGGAGGAGCUGGGUGAGCGCUAUAAGGACCACGAGGACAUUGUCAUUGCUGAGAUGGAUGCCACGGCCAAUGAGCUGGAGAACAUCACCAUCAGCGGUUACCCCACACUGCACUAUUUCCCUGCUGGGCCGGGCAGGAAGAUGAUUGAGUACAGGAGCACCCGAGAUGUGGAGACCUUCUCCAAAUUCCUGGAAAAUGGGGGGACGCUGCCUGAGGAGCCACCUGUGGUGACCAAGACCCCCGAGAACAGCACAGGCACAGAGGAGCUGAGUCCGUCAGGCACGGCUGAAGCCCGGGAUGAGCUGUGAGCUCCGUCCCACUUGCGUGGGUGCUAUAAAUGCCCUGGAAACAA